UGGAUAAUUGCUCAGCCCGCGCAGUGUUCGCUGUUCAACAUUGUAUUCAAUCGUAAUACAGAUAUAGUAUAGUGGAGCUAUAUACAUAUUUACAUCUUUCAUCAUGUCUAUGGAAAUGGCAAAGCGGAUCGAGUUGGAGAAAAGGGGUAGAAAACCAUCAGAAAUUUUGGAACUGAACUUGGACAGCUGUCGUGCUCCCCAGAUUGACGGUUUGACAGAAGAGUUCUCAGAAUUAGAAUCACUUAGCUUAAUUAAUGUUGGAUUAACAUCAUUAAAGGGGUUUCCCAGCUUACCAAAGUUACAAAAGUUGGAAUUAAGUGAUAACAGAAUCCAGUCUGGCCUUCAUAACCUCCAGGGAUGUCCUAACCUGACACAUCUUAGCCUUAGUGGAAACAAAAUCAAAGAAAUCGACACUUUAGAACCUUUGAAAAACUUCAGUGAAUUAAAGCACCUUGACCUAUUUAACUGUGAGGUGACCCAGUUAGAUGACUACAGAGAGCAGGUGUUUGAACUCCUCCCCAAUCUUAAGUUCCUGGACGGCUUUGAUAGAAACGACAAAGAAGCUGACGAGGAUGAAGAAGAUGGUGAAGAUGGGUCAGAAAAUGAAGAUGAUGAUGACGACGAUGAUGAUGAAUUAGAAAACGAAGAUGAUGAUGACGAUGAUGAGGAGGGUGAUGAUGAUGACGAGGAAGAGGAUGAAGAGGAGGAAGAUGAGGACGGUGUAGAUGAUGAUGACGAGGUUGGUCUAGACUAUCUCCAGAAGGAAGACAUUGAAGAUGACUCUGAGGGUGAGGAUUUUGACCCUGUAGAUGGAGAGAAUGAGGAUGAAGAAGAAGAGGAAGAGGAAGAUGAGGAGCCCAACCGAGGCACCAAGAGGAAACAUGAGGAUGAGGAGGACGGAGAUGAUUGAUCCCCCGUGGGGGGCCCCUGUCUGUAAAUCCAUGUAUAUUUGUACAGUUACUGAUAAAACCAUGUUGUUUGUUGACUGAUGAUAGCUCAGGUUUGCAGCACGUACACCAUCUCACUGAUGAUUCCAGCCUACGAGUGCACUCGAUCUCAUCUCGCCUCAUCCUGAGUGCGCUCGCAGUCUUCUGUUAACACUCGUUCUGAUAUUGAGAGCAGCUUUAGAUCAUCCUUCUUAAAAAGAUACUUAACUCUUAAAUAUUGCGAUCCAGAAUUUUAGUCGAAAAAUGGAACAAGAGGGAAAAACAUUCUUCAUGAAAUCUGAAAUGCAUACAAAUUUAUUUAUGUCUCAUGCUCAUUAGUCGUCAUUGGUUAAAAGAUCAAUGGGAGUGAAUGGAACUUUAAGUGCUGAAUUUACGUUUUAUGUUUAUCAUUAUCACCUGAAUUGUUUUCUUGUAAGAUUGUAAAAAUUACCAAUGAAUUCAUGUAUAAUGUAAUUGAUAUUUAAUUGGCAAGAAAAUGUUUGUUUUUAUUAUGACUGUUAUUUAAUUUAAGCUCUGCCAAGAACAGAUUUUUUUUUCGUAAAUGAUUUUCUUCUCUGGUUUGUUAAGACUGUUACACAUUAUGCAUCUAGGUCUUGAAUUUGCAUGUAUUUAAAUUAGGCUGAGAUUAUCCUGUUAGAGAUUUAAAUCAAUAAAGUGAAAGUAGAAACAAAUUGCAUGCAAAAUAUUUUGAAAGAAUUUUUAUAGUUUAAUAUUAUUGAAUCUGUUUUAUAUGUUACAUGUAUUUUAGUGAAGACUAUAUUAAGUACAUAUCUAGGUUUUCCACUGCCUGUAAAUGUUCAUUAAUUCAGCACUGAAUGUUGAAUGAAGUAUCGAUUGAGAAAUUAUUUUUUUUAAAUGUGUAAAUUUGUAAAUCAUCUCUUAGUAUAUCAUUGUAAAUGACAUCAAACUUAGCAAUUUAUGUGUAUAGAACAGCAAGAGGCAUAACUCUUGCAGCAUCUUGAAAAAUUAAAAGGUUUUUAUAUUGACA